GUCGGAGAGGCCGGGCUUCGCCGAGGAGGCUCGGCUUCGCGGAGGAGGCACGGGAAGGGUUGUGACCAGGCCUGAGACGUGCGGGAAACGAGAAGGGGCCGGAAGGGGGCGGCCACCGGCCCGGCCCCGCCCCGGGGCCGCCUCCCCGCGGGUUCCGUUGGCUGUGGCGGCGGCUGAGGCUGUGGCGGCCGCGGGGCGGGCGUAAGAUGGCGACAGCGGCGGCGGGCGCCCUGGGCCUGCUGUGGGGCUGGCUGUGGAGCGAGCGCUUCUGGAUGCCCCAGAACGUGAGCUGGGCCGACCUCGAGGGGCCGGGCGACGGCUACGGCUACCCGCAGGCCCGGCACAUCCUCUCGGUGUUCCCGUUGGCGGCAGGCGUAUUCUCCGUGCGGUUGCUCUUUGAGCGGUUUAUUGCCAAACCCUGUGCACUCCAUGUUGGCAUCCAGGACAGUGGUCCUUAUCAGCCCCAACCCAAUGCCAUCCUUGAAAAGGUGUUCAUAUCUAUUACCAAGUAUCCUGAUGAGAAAAGGCUGGAGGGCCUGUCAAAGCAACUGGACUGGGAUGUCCGAAAAAUCCAAUGCUGGUUUCGCCAUCGGAGGAAUCAGGACAAGCCCCCAACACUCACUAAAUUCUGUGAAAGCAUGUGGAGAUUCACUUUUUAUUUAUGUAUAUUCUGCUACGGAAUUAGAUUUCUUUGGUCGUCACCUUGGUUUUGGGACACCCGACAGUGCUGGCAUAGAUAUCCAUUUCAGCCUCUUACAAGUGGGCUUUAUUAUUAUUAUAUCAUGGAAUUGGCCUUUUAUUGGUCUCUAAUGUUUUCUCAGUUUACAGACAUUAAAAGAAAGGACUUCCUGAUCAUGUUUGUGCAUCACUUGGCCACCAUUGGGCUCAUUACCUUCUCAUAUAUCAACAACAUGGUUCGGGUAGGAACUCUGGUCAUGUGUCUACAUGAUGCCUCAGACUUUUUACUGGAGGCAGCCAAGCUGGCCAAUUAUGCCAAGUAUCAGCGCCUCUGUGACACCCUUUUUGUGAUCUUCAGUGCUGUUUUUAUGGUCACUCGUCUAGGAAUCUAUCCAUUCUGGAUUCUGAACACAACCCUCUUUGAGAGCUGGGAGAUGAUUGGGCCCUAUCCCUCCUGGUGGCUCUUCAAUGGCCUUCUCCUGAUCCUACAGGUUCUGCAUGUCAUCUGGUCCUACCUAAUUGCACGAAUUGCUUUCAAAGCCUUGAUCCGAGGAAAGGCUGGACAAUUUCGUCUCUUGCAUGUGUCUAAAGAUGAUCGCAGUGAUGUGGAGAGCAGUUCAGAGGAAGAAGAUGUGACCACCAACACAAAAAGCUUCCGUGGCAGCAGCUCCAGCAAUGGUGCCAAUUGGGUGAAUGGUCACAUGGGAGGCAGCUGCUGGGCUGAAGAGUGAAAUGGUUGGUAAGGGGACUUAAGCACAUGGACUUGUAGGGCCACCGGCCACCUACUCUUCUUGGGCCUCCCCAAACCUGCACUCCUGUGACUAGGGAUCUGCAGGCACUGAGGAGAAUCAAAGAAGCAAAUAUUUUCACUUUUUUAAAAAACUCUGCUAUUUUGUAUUUAA